GAAGCAAAAUAAGAACGGAUUGAGACAAUGCUUUACAGAACAGCAGUUCUGCACCUUAUUUUAUACAUCAGAAUCAAAGAAAAGGAGGGUUACAUCAAAUCCACUGGUGAGAGAUUAGGGAAGGGGGAGAAAGCAAAGCAGGGAAUUCUCUGGGACUGGGUAAAAAGUAAAAGAAAUAGACACAUACUUCUUCUACGAAGGUGGGAUAGGACAGUUGACAGUUAAUAAUUAAUGUGAUAACAAUAACAAUGAUGAGCUCUGAAAUCGCUUGCUCUAUGGGAGAUUGGGUCCUGAGGGGUCUGGAAAAAAAAUUUAACCCGACAUUCCAAAGGUAUGUUAUCUUUGAUGCAAAAAGACAAUGGACAGCCUGUUUGCUUCGUUGCUACAAAGAGCGUCAGAUGGGUCACCAGCAGCUCUACUGGAGCCACCCGAGGAAAUUCGGCCAAGGUUCUUGCUGGGUUUGCUCAAACCUCCAUGGUCUGAUCCGGAAAUAUGGCCUCAACCUGUGCCGCCAGUGUUUCGGUGAGUAUGCAAAGGACAUAGGAUUCGUUAAGUUGGACUAAGUGAACGUCCAUGAAUGAGUCAUUUAAGACAUAUACCUUAUGACAGAAUGCUAUAUCUUUUUACAUAAAAUUAAAAAAAAAACCUUCAAA